AUGACUGCCGGCAUGUAUGAGACGGUGAACGAGGUGUACAAGGUGCUCAUACCCAUCGCCGAGGAACACAGGGACUAUAAGAAACUCGCCAAUAUACACAGCAAACUGAACGAGGCAUUCACGCGCAUUGAGCAGCUGCACGGCAAGCGAGUGUUCGGCUCGUACUUCCGCGUGUCCUUCUACGGAGCCAGGUUCGGGGACCUCGACGGGGAGGAGUUUGUGUACAAGGAACAUGCACUCACCAAGCUGCCGGAGAUCUUCAGCAGGCUGGAGAACUUUUACGGCGCCCGUUUCGGCGUGGAUAACGUGGUGAUAAUAAAAGACUCCAACAUAGUAGACGUGAGUACGUUGGACCCGGACAAGGCGUACAUACAGAUCACAUACGUCGAGCCAUACUUCGAGCCACACGAGCUGCGCAAGCGCGUCACGCAGUACGAGAAGAAUUAUAAUAUUAAGCGGUUCAUGUACGCGACCCCGUUCACGGUGGGCGGACGCGCGCACGGAGACAUCGCCGAGCAGUGCAAGCGGAAGACUAUCCUCACCACGGCGCACCACUUCCCCUACGUCAAGACUAGGAUACAGGUGGUAUCACGAACACAAAUCAUACUGACACCUAUCGAAGUUGCGAUUGAAGAUAUACAGAAAAAGAUCAACGAGCUAGCAGCAGCCACGAGCCAGGAGCCCGCAGACCCGAAGAUGUUACAGAUGGUGGUACAAGGCUGUAUCGGGACUACUGUCAACCAGGGACCGCUCGAACUCGCGCAGGUGUUCCUGGCUCCUGUGGCAGAAGGCACGCAGCCUCCUACCCGUCUGACCAACAAACUACGCCUCGCCUUCAAAGACUUCUCCAAGAAAUGUCACGACGCUCUCCGUAAGAACAAAAACUUGAUCGGCAGCGACCAGCGCGAGUACCAGCGGGAACUGGAGCGGAACUUCCAGCGGUUCACUGAACGACUCGCGCCACUCAUACAGGCCACGCCUGGACACGUCGCGCAACUCAGCAAUGGCCUGAGCAAACACGACUACAAGUAUCAGGCGUAA